UAUAUUGUUUCACACUGCUUCACUCACUCGAAUACAUUGCUAAUUGCAGUCACAUUCCCUACACAAUUAUACCAAACUAGUGCAGGUUCACACACUACUUUUCUCUGCUCACAUCACUGUUUCUUUUCUCAAAAAAAACGUUUUGAUCUUUAUUAUAAGCCAUGAAAGAUAGAGGCAAAGCUGUGGAAGUAUAUAACGGUUCAUCAUCAUCAUCAGAUUUUGUUUGUAAGAAACACCCACAAUUGUCUUCGAAUGGGAUAUGUGCUUAUUGUCUUAAAGAUCGCUUAGUGAAAUUGGUUUGUUCUGAUUGCGGUGAACAACGAUUGUCCUCAUGUUCAUGUUCUGAAAUCUCUUCUUAUCCUCGUAUUUCAUGUACUGGUGAAGUAGGCAGCGUUGGUCGUGUUUCGUUCUUAAUAGAGAAUGAAAGCAAAGACCAACUUUUGAAGGGGAAAAUCAAUGGUGGUGGUGAAGAUAAAGGUGAAGAUGGUAAUUUUAUUCUUAAAAGAAGUAACAGUAGCUGUGUUGAGAUCAAAAGAAAAAAUGGAUUAUGGAGAUUAGGGAGAUUGUUUAGGAAAAAAAGAGAGAAAUACAAUGGUGGGAAUGUUAAGAGUGUUGAUUAUAACAACGGGGUAUCAAGGUCUAGAUCGUUGUGUAGUUUUAGGGGUGGUAAUGGUGGUGGGUUCUUUGGAUCGGAUGAUGGGUCGAUGAACUUUUCAGCGGCGAGGAGUUCUUCCAUAUCGGCGGCGAGGAGUUCGAGCGUGAACGGUGGUCUGUUGGGCAUGGAUCCCGACAGAAAAAGUGGGUUUAGUGAGCCUGAACCGAGGAAAAGUGGGUUCGACAGUGAUAAAAGAGACAGUGCUUUCGUGGAAUCCGAUGUUGCUACUGAUAUCAAAGCACUGAGAAAAGCUGGUGGUGUGUUCUUGGACCAUGAAACUGGUUUCAGUACAGCAAACAGGCGUGUGUUUUCACUUAAAGAAACCUAUUUCACUGGUGGGGAUGAUUCAGCCUUCAUUGACUUGAAAUUUGAGUUUCCAUCAUAUGAUACCCCUGUUGAACCUGGUGGUUCAAAAUCAGUCCAAAAUGGGUUUGUAAGUGAUGGGGGUAGUAUGUUUGGUGGUGGUGGUUCAUGUAGGGUUAGUGUGGAUGAAAGAGGGAUUAAAAGGAGUAGGAAAAGUUUUAAAGGGUGGAAGUGGAUUUUUAAGAAUAAUAAUCCAGAUUGGAGUAGUAACAGGAAGAAAGGUGGUGGUGAUCUUAUGGUUAAUCAUUGAAUAAAAUUUUAUUCAGUUUUAGGUUAAUGUUUUUCUUCAAUGUUUUGUUUCUCUUCGUUUGUGUCUUUCAUGUGUAUUUUUUUUUAAUUAUCUUUUUUUCUGUUAAUGUAGUUAUGGUGCUGAUCAAGUAAUGAAAAAGGGGGAAUUUGGAUC